CAAUCCGCAUUCUGGGGGCGGGGAUAAAGCAGGUAGGCAGGAGGAGGAAAACCGCCUGGCAGAAGCACGUGACCUGGCUCCGGAGCCGGAAGCUACCGGUCUGGUAGGGAGCUCCCCCAGCAACUGAGGCUGCGAUGACUUCUGCACUGACCCAGGGGUUGGAGCGAAUCCCAGAUCAGCUCGGCUACCUGGUGCUGAGUGAAGGCGCAGUGCUGGCGUCAUCUGGGGAUCUGGAGAAUGACGAGCAGGCAGCCAGUGCCAUCUCUGAGCUGGUCAGCACAGCCUGUGGGUUCCGACUGCACCACAGCUCAAAUAUACCCUUCAAACGCCUUUCUGUGGUCUUUGGAGAACACACUCUGCUGGUGACUGUGUCAGGACAAAGAGUGUUUGUGGUGAAGAGGCAGAACCGAGGCCGGGAGCCCAUUGAUGUCUGAGCCUGCCGGAUGGCAAGGCACACAGGUGGACUGGGUCCAGGAGCCUCUGUGAUGGGAGGAUGCAAAUCUCCACCUCUUUUGUGGCCUGCUGCUCACCCUCUUCCCCACCACUACCUGGAAGGACAGAGGCUUGGGGACUUCAUGCUGUGUUAAGGAACCAUGUUAAGAAGCUUGAGGGCAAGAGGACCUCCCUCUUCCCUCCCUCCUUCUUAAUAAACAUGAGUAUGAUGUU